AUGGAGACGUCCUCAUCCUCUGAUGACAGCUGCGACAGUUUCGGUUCUGACAACUUUGCUAACACGGACUCUGCGGGUGAAGCUGGGGAAGACGUAGAGAAAGUAGUGAAUCUUGAACUCGUUUUUGGCUAUCACUUAAAGCUGGGAAAUGGUCCAAAGGACUGUAAAUGGAAAAUGUACAUGGAGAUGGACGGGGAUGAAAUUGCAAUAACCUACAUAAAAGAUGUGACAUUCAACACUAACCUACCCGAUGUAGAGAUUUUAAAGAUGACAAAGCCACCGUUUGUCAUGGAGAAGUGGAUCGUGGGGAUCGAAGAACAUCAGUCUGUAGAAUGUAUUGUUACAUAUGAGAGCGACGUUCGAGCUCCCAAAUCCACCAGGCACGUCCAAGCAAUCAGCUGGAGCAAGGUGAAAGCACAGGAUGAGGUCAAAGCGGUGCAGCUUAUGAUACAGACCUCGCUCCCCAACUCAGAGGGGCAUUCACGGAGCAGGUCUGACUCCAGCAUCGACAGCCAGUGGAUGCAGACGCUGCGCAUGCACCAGAUAGCCAAAGCCAUUUCCCUGCAGCACGGCCACCCGCACAGCCCCACUACCAUCUCACACUACCUGCCCUACCUGCAGAGCCAGGACUCCUACGCCGCUGCCGUGAGGCGGACACGCGGGCCCGUCAGUUACCACUACACCUCCAUCAGCCACUCCAGGAACUCCUCUCCCCUCUCGCACAGUUUGGUGAGAAACCUGUCGAACCUACACCUCAACUCAAAGGGCAGCAGCACUUCCAGCACAGCAUCGGACACGGCUUCAGAGAGGGACAGGUCCACAGGCAAGGCCAGGAACGCUUCGCACAGCGGCAACUCCCGCAGCUCCUCUGAUGGGCGGCGCAGCGGGACGAGCUCCCCGGUGCCUCCCAGGUCCUCGGGCAGGGCCGGCAGGACUGCCUCCAUGCCCCUGGCCCAUGAGCAACGCAGGUACCCCCGCAACUCCCCCCAGCCCAAGGCCAUCCCGGGCAUGCCGCUGCAGGGGGAGAGCGAGCCUAGAAGAAGCGAAGGGGAGGGCAGGGUGAGCGAGGGGGGGUGGAUAAAGGUGCAGCAUGUAAAGAAGCCCCACAGGCAGAGCACCAGCAAGCAGGGUAAGGAAAGGCCCAAGGGCAACUGGCGGGGCCGGAGGACGUUCUAACGGGGGAAACAGCCGUAAGCUGCGAUGGAGCCAGCUUUCCUCUUAUUCCACUGAAUAUUCAACUGGGAGAUGACACGUGCUUCUGCUCGACGUGCUCCAGCUCUCGGCGCACUGCACUGAAGCCAUGACACUACCUCGCUGGGCUGGCUGCACCGCUCUGCAUGCAGCUGGCUGGUGGGCACCUGGAAGGAGCCUGCCCUCAGCAAUGAGACCUCUUCCCUCCCAGUACUGAUGGAUUUAAUAUGGUUGCCUCCCCUUCCUUUGGCUGCUCGUGUUCUUAGCUGACUGGAUGUGCACUAAUUUGCUUAAUAUUUCAAAAAUAAAAUCAGUAAUACACAGCCAUGCGCUGUAACAAAAGCCUCUCCGUUUCAUCUACAGAGGAGUUGUGCUGCUAACUCUCCCAUCACCUCUGGCUCUGAGCACUGUUUCAAUACACUUUAUUCACUCUGCUUCUGCCAAGGCCUUAGGAAAAGGUAAUAUUUUGGUCAGACCAUCACAAUCUCAAAAAGCAGGAGCACACACAUGUUUUUCUUCAGGCCCACUCUGGUAACUUCACUUCUCCACUUCCAGCCAUCCAUCCCCUAUCAGGAAUUUCUCACCUCUUUGUUCAAACUCAGACACCAGGUAUCUGACACUGCAGAGCAGACGCUGCGACACGUACAGUUGUCAUAAUCAGAAGGAUA